AAUAAAAUAUUGUAAUUUAAAAAUAUUUCCCUCCUUAAAAAAGCUCCAACAUUUCGACGUGAAGUGUACUGUUGAUACAUCCCUUGUCCAUCCCCCUUGUCCACCCCCCAUUGCAAGGCGUCAUCCGUCGUUACCAUGGUGAUCGGUUCGGCAUACCGCUUAUAGUAAAGCACGAGCAUUACUCGCGGCCGGUACUACAGUGCAUUCGGUACCGGUUCGGCAAACCAUCCCUACCCGAAAGGAUCGACACGGGCACCGGGUAGCACCGUUCGGUAAAGCAAAUUUUCCGGAUGCGACGGGUUUUACAGCGUCCGUUUCGAAAACCUGACGACUCGGACUCGGCACAGCAUCAAACAACAUUGCCACGGGCAGUAAGUGAUUCGGGCUAGAGCAGAGUGCAUGUGCGUGCGGUGAUCUGGUGUGUCCGCGUCCGGUAGAAGCAGUCUCAUCCUAACCAACCCGUGGUUAGGUGUGUUUUUGUGUCUGUCGUUCUUACGAUCUUCCCCUUUUACGGUGCUGCUGCCGUACACUGAACUUUGCAAGAAUCGGAAACUCCCGUCCCAAAAACCCGUGUCCGUUCCCUUGUCUUCCUCCUCGUUUUGGGGAGCGAGUUUCCAACAACUCAGACGACAUCGGUAACAAAGAACAACGUGCUCGGUGCAGUUUAUCGAUGCGGUAGUGUGGCCAGGUUCCGUGUUGCCGAACGUGUGACCGACACGCUGUAAAUUACGACAAGUGACAAAGUGAGCUUUUUUUUUGUUUGGGUGGACCAGUGUGUAGUGUAGUGUGUCAGCACCGUUCGUGUCCUGUGCCGUCGGUCGUAAGUGGUUUGUGCGGAAAGGAAAAAUUGCGGAAAAGCUUAAUUGCGGACGCGGGUUUUGUGUCCUAGGGCAACGGUUCAUCGUGUGCAACAGUGUGUGAUAAAGUGGUAUACAAAGAGGAAAAAAUAAAAAGGCAAACGACGCAGCAGCAGCACACCAACGGCUGGAGGAGUUAAGCGGUGGCCCGCAGAUUACAAAUACGACCGGCCAAAGCAAACGCUACUACCAUCGUUGAAGAUCGAAUUUUCGUACAGAAACGAUGACGGUAGCCACGGCAAAGAACUAGCGCUUGGUGCCCGUUCACAUACUUCAUCUGCAUGACAUAGUGGGCCACAGUCGUCAUCACAGCCUGAGCAAACAGCGGGAGCAGGAAUUCAUUCCGUGCGCAAAGACAUCGUUACCAUCGUGUGCUUUGCCCGCCGCAUAAGAACGCGCGAACGAAGACGGACGCUGUCAGAGCAGCUGGAGCUUAGACCGUCUUUUGCUGUAUUUUCAAUUUAUUUUACUUUUUCUUUUGUUGGGUUUUUUUUCUUGCUUUUUGUCUAACCUUCACUUGGGAAACUUCAUUCGUAGCUUGGCUGCUAAGUGGUAAAGAGAGAGAAAGCGAGAGAAAAAAAAAUCCACUUCUUUUGCAUUAGCAGGUACAAGCAGAGGGUUAAAUGAAAAUGUCAGACUUUGAGCGAAUAAGGCUAGUGAUUUUGGGUGGUGCCGGUGUUGGUAAAAGCUGCAUCAUAAAGCGUUUCCUAUUCAAAACGUACUCCGACAAGUAUCGGCCAACGGUGGAAGACUUGUACAACCGGGAGUAUGACCUCGGUUCGGUCACGCUAAAGGUUGACAUCCUUGAUACGUCCGGUGAGAUGCAGUUUCCGGCAAUGAGACGGCUCUCGAUUGCGACAGCUCAUGCGUUUCUGCUUGUGUAUGCGACCACAUCGGAGGCAAGUCUCGGUUGCGUCAAGCAGUGCUUCGAGGAGAUCCGCGAGCAGCGGGCCGACUUCCAGGACAUUCCCAUGGUAAUCGUGGGCAACAAGUACGAUCUGACGGCGUCACACCGUGAGGUACGCAUCGAGGACGUCUCCGAGUGGGUGUUCUGCGAGCUACCCAAGCUAAAGGUAAAAGUGCUGGAGUGCUCGGCGAAGGAUGAUUACAAUAUAAUGGAAAUAUUUCGAACGUUUGUCACGCUGUCCCGCAUACUGCCGGUGAACGGUAGCGCCGAGUCCGGUUCCGGCUUGAAGCGACGUUCGUCAGCCUACGUCAGUGCCAGCAGUAAAGCAAAAUCACGAAUCGGAAGUCCGUCCAUUGGAGGUUGUGAAAAGCCAAAGGAUUCAUCCUUUCUAGCGGCAUCCACGUCUGAGGGUACUAGCGGCACUAGUGGUCUCGGCGGAGGCGUUAGUGGUGGGGACGUGAAAGCAAAACCACGAUCAAGAUCGCUCAUUCGAAGAUCAUCCCGGAAGACGAAGCAACAGAUUCAAAAUGCAUCCGGCGCUGAAGACUGCAACAUACAAUGAAUUCGAAUGGCACUGAUGCGUGAUGGUAGCUGAUGGCUUCCGAGUCGCACCUUACACCAGACGAUAUACACUGGGGGCUGUUAAAUUCUUGGCGAUCUGGACAACUGCUCUUGCUCGUGAUUUCUUACAAAACGCCACACGCACACCAAACAUUGCACAUCGUUUUUUCUCUUGUUAUUGUUGUUGUAGCGAGUAAAGUGGCCGAAGAGGAUAGUGUGACAGAAGUAGUAGUAGUAGUAGUAGCAGCAGUAGUAAUUACCCAGGGUUGUUUUGGAAACAUUAAACGAAACCCGCUGUCCGACCAGCCAGGCCAGCCAUUGUUGAAGCCCAGUUGAAGCGAACGAUUGUGAUCCGAGCGGCACAACAUAUGGAUAAUAUUGGUAAAAUUAUAUUAAUUGAAUUACUUGCGCCUUCUGGCGCAGUUCUGCGAGUGUGGAGGCAUGUGGGCACAUUGGCUAAAACGUCAGUCCCCAUUCCCAAACCGUUGUCGCUGUUACAGCUGGUACGGUGGGCAAUAGUAGAAAUAGACCGAGCGUUAUUUAGUAGCGUUUUUGGACAAUUGUUGACAUAGGCUAGGGUAGCCUCCGGCACAUUAUUGACGAAUGCACCCGAAUGAAGGAUUUUGGCAAAAAAAAUCUGUAUGUGUGUGUGUGAGUGUAUGUUGUCCGACAUGGUUCCUUGUAGAGCAAAUGCCAAAGGGCAAUUUGGGUCGGUUUUAAUAGUGGGGUCGAAUUUAUGGGCACAAACUGUAUGAAAUUGAACGUGUGGAACAAAAUGGACCCGACCAAUCGGGUCAACAUAUAUAGCCGGCUAAAAUCAACCGCCUUUUGCAAAAGUAUCGUGUAGAGUAGGAGUUAGCCUGAAUCAAAGUAAAAAAUGUCGGCAGCGAUAGAUCGAGUGACGUCCAGAGUGUACUUGUUCGUGAAAUUUGUGCAACUAAGAAAAAAAAACGGGCGAUGUUUGUAAAAAAGCAAUAAUUUUUCCCAUUAGUGUUUGGACACAGAUCUGUGUGACUUGUGUAAACCUGGAAACACUAUAAUCAAUGCAUUUUCUUUAACCGAUACCGACCGAAGACCGUUAUCAGACUCAAUGUAUGAGAAAAGCUCAACGAUGCUCCGACAUGACGACCACGUAGAUGGAAUAAAUGUGAGACAUAAAGCGCACAAAAAACAUGUGGCGAACACCGACUACAAACAAGGACAGGCCGAAGUAAUUUGUUCGCGUGGAACUGAACCGAUCCAGUAACAUAGUAAUAUACAACAAAACAAAAGCAUGAUCUCAACGUGUGAUUUGUUUUCUUAACCGAUCACACUAAAAAGCUUAUACCACGAAUUCUAUCCUAUAAUUAUUUAUAUUGUAUGCCAUAAAGAAUCCCCUUUUUAAUAGUAUUAUUUCUCUAGCAUUAACAUUAACGUUUAUGGUACUUAUUAUUUCUACUAAACCAUCGCUUCUCUAAUGACCAACAAGCUUAUUGCAAGCGUUACCCAUAUGCUAGAAUAACGAUAGAUUGUAACAUUAGUCCAAAUGAGCUGAGCUUAUCCAUUUAUAGACAUCAACCACUAGUAGUAUCGAUCACUAAAAUGGCGCCAUUUAAUAAUUGAAUCCAAAAUGAAAAGAACAAGAGCAUUUUAAGUUGAUUGCAGGGUUCCUAGCUUCCUAAAGGAAUUUUGCAGUUUUGAGAAUCAAAUCAAUUAUGAAAUAUUGCUAAUAACUGGAAAGACAAUUGAUAAUUGAUUUUCAUUAUUAAAAUAUUAUUAUUAUUAAAUAAAUUAUUAUUUAUUAUUAAAAGAUUAAUUUUGAUUUAAUUUAACUAUGCUUUUCUAAACGAAAUUUAGUCAUUCUUGGCUAUCGAAAAACUUUUUUACGAAGCAUUUUCUUUACUAGAAAUUACUUUUCCUUUUAAAAAUUUAAAAACAUUUGUUCUCUAGAUUAUUUGAAGCGGAAUAUUGUAAUUCGCAGGUAUUAGUCGAUUUUUUUUAUUGGAUAUUGCUUUAGUAGAUCUUAAUGAUAUACUAUAUGUUAAAUAUAUCUGGAAGAGUUAUGUGAAGAUCAUCUUUGUGUAAAAACAUAUUUUGAAGAUUAUUUUGAAUAUUACAACUUAUUUUGGAAUAUUAAGUUAUUGAGUAAACGAUGGAGCAUUGCCGCAAUGCAGAAUAUUAAAGAAGACUGUUUCUAUAUCCUUUAUUUGACGUGCAUUUUUUCUGCAAUACAAGUUAAACAAGUAAAAACCCUUGUUUUAGUUUCUUAGUAAUCCAUUGCAAAAACGUAUGUUAAAAUAUUCGUUUUCUAUUUGUUAUUAUUUCCUUUUCUGUAUUGUAUUGUUUCAUUGCAUUAUCAGAAUGUAAUGAUUUUUUUUAUUUGAUUUGAUUUGAUUUUAGCUUUUUUAACUGAUUUUUAACCUUGCUUGAAUAUAAGUUCUUUUUGUUUAUUGAUUAGAAACACUUAAGAUAUUACUCCGAUUUUAAACAUGGGUUAAUAAUGCUAUAAUUUUAUCUAUUUAAUUAUAAGCCCCCGCAAACGUACGAUAACACAUUUUCCGCUCAUCCAAUUUAUGCUCUAAAACAACGCCUAGACAUUAAGCAUAUGAUUUAUCAAUACCAAUAAAAAGACAAAAACAUACUUUUGCAUUGUAUGCUAGCAAGUAAUGAACAUUUGUAAAAAUAGCUGCAACUAAUCAAACAGUUCCAAUGUUUGAUAAUAAAUGAGAGACAGAGUGAGAAGCGAUACGCAACAAGAUUCUAGACGUUUAAUGUCUGGAAGUGGUAGUCGAAAUGAACGCAAAAUGAAUAAAAAAGAAAAUGAUGAAAUUAUUCUGCAGUGGAGCGCUUAGUGAAGGAAAUGUUAAAAUUAGGCAAUAACAAAACAAAACAGUAUGAUAAAACAUGUGCACAAGGUACAAUGGACAGUAGCAAACAAACCAAAAACCACACAAUACAUCUGUUUGUGGGUCACAGUUUUGUGUGGCUUGCAUCCCGUUAAAUGUUUAGUGGUUGAUAAAGAACAUUCGAUCUUUUCAACUAAGAGAGUGUGGUAUGACUAUGAUCGAGAUAAUAGGGUAAUGGAAAGGAUCAUACUGACAAACAAUUUUGUUUAUUAGUUUGUAGCGGUUUCGAAGCAAAACAUAAUUCCCCCUUUUGCAAAAAAAGACACAUUUGAUCGGAUGCUUUGCGUGCGAGGUAUUAGCAAAGCCAUCCAAUUUACUACCUUUAAGUCGCCAUUAAGCAAAGCACGAGGAUAAAAAGUCGCACUGUAUGGGCAUAACAUAUCGUCGUUACAUCAGUUGCUGUUCGUACGUUGGGACAAUAUUUACCCGUAGGACGUUUUUUCACAAUACGAAGAGACUGUUGUUUAGGUGGUUGUAGAUGAAAGUUACUACAGUUUUGCAAACAAAAACCUGCAUUGAAUGUGAUUUACCGUACCCGUUCGUUGCACAGAUGACCCGAAGUAGAUGUAAUCCAGGUUUUUAGGUCCCGUUUUACAUUUCCCAAAAAACAAAAGAAACAAAUGCACCGUGUGUCCCUUAAAAUUCUGGCGCCUCUUUUCAUUUUACACCCAACGUUACCAAAAACAUUCCGUUAUUGUACACAUUGUUCACAAAACUAGGCUUAUGAAAUCUACAAUAUCGAGAGUUUCAUGUCUCCGGUACCGGUAAAUGUCUGAAUGUUGUGUCAAAAAUAUGGUGUAACUGUUUUCUUUUCUGAUUUUGCUACAUCUUCUUCUCGUCUUGGGAGUAUCUUACUGUUGUCCUAACCACUAGUACGGAUAGGAUAGGUAAGGGCGUAUUGGCGUAUCAGCAUACAUAGGAAAGCAUUUUAUAGAUUAAUUAAAGAAAGAGAAACGGAGAGAUGACCACAAAAAAACAUUUCGCAACUGCUGAAACAUUUCACGGAUUGUCCGUUUGCUGUUAGCAUCGGUUUGAAGCAAUUAUUACAACCCCUCGGCAUCCGUGAUGACGAUUGUCUGCUACGUUCGAUCGUGAUUGAUCGUACAUUCGAUUGUUCCAUUUGGCUAACGAUUCGUUCCAAAAAAAAACAGUGAGAUAUAGUGGGAACGUUUCGUCUAGAAUUACUUAGAAAUACACAAAACGUUCGUACUGCAAGGAACCGAUAUGAAACCGGCGUUGAGGUGUACCAAUUUGAGAAUAGCUUACUUAUAAUAAGAAAACCAAACUGUUACUUAUGAGAUAUCAAAAUAAGGCGAAAACUAACAAAAAACCAAGAAGGACAAUGUUUACAAAGGGAUUGCAAAGCUAUGGGGAAGGAAAGUGUGUGCAGCCAACCACAAUGCAUUUGUAAUUAGAUAAGAAGGUGAAAUAUUUCUUACUAAUAAACUGUUUCGAUUAUCCUUUCCUUAUACAAACAA